GGCGGAGCCGAGUCCGCAUGAUGGUGUGCCAAAGAGGAAAAAGUACGCGGUCCGGCUGGAGGAAGGCUUUGACGUGGAACAAAUGGUGGAUAAGCUCCUGGAGGGCCAUAACGAUCUGAUGAACUUAAAGGACAUUCUGGCGUCAGCACCGAGGCUCCGGGGCGAGCUGAAAGGACGACUCUCACGGAGGCAUGAAGGGACGAUGAUUCUGGCUUUGUCCGAUCCGGCUUGUGGAAACUAUGAAAUCAUUAAGUGCCGGAACACAGGACCCGGAAGCGGGAGAAACAGGCUCAACCUCGGCUCCUUCACCUUCGAGGAGUCUGAAUACGCGCGACGGAGACUCCGGGAGGAGCAGGAGGAGGAAGGAGUAGGCAAUGUAUUAUCCCUGAGCCUCAACGAUGUGAAUAAGGCAAUGGAGGUGGUGGCGGCAGAUGAUAUGGCGGACCCUGAGGCUAUCAAGGCGUUGAGGGAGCAGGAUAUCGAUCAAGUUCUGGGUCUGUUGGAGGAGCACAACCUGACGGCGAGCGACCCCAAGUCGAAGCAUUGCAUGAGGGAGGCCACGAUUUUGGGCUUUGUUUACAACGAAAAGGGGCGGAGGCCAGAUGGGAAGAAGACGGACAAGAUCCUAGAGUGGCCAGUCGCCUUCCAAUCAAUAACGGACGUAAGGAGCUUCCUUGGGACCUGCGGGUUUUGGAGGAGUUUUGUGAAGGACUUCGCCACCAAGACGGAGCAUUUGAGGAAGUUGGUACGUCAGGACCAGGAAUGGGUCUGGGGCGAAGACCAGGAAAAGGUUGUGGAAAGGAUGAAGAGAGAAUUCAAGGAAGAAGGCUUGGUGCUGGGAGCGCCGAAUCACGAAGCCACGGAGGAGAAGCCAUUUGUUGUUGAGACGGACGCCGGACCAACUGCCUUAGGAGGGGUCCUGAUUCAGGCAGAUGCGGAUGGGAAGGAGAGGCCGCUGAGAUUUGAAAGUCGCACCCUCAAUACGACUGAAAGAAACUACUCGCAGUUCAAGAAAGAAACGUUGGCGGUGCUCCAUUGCCUAAGGACCUUUCGUAACUACAUCUUUGGCAGGAGACUCAUUUUGAGGGUGGACCCUACUGCGCUUGCGUGUUCCCUGAAAAGUUAUACUCCAUCUGACCCAACCAUCGCGAGGUGGUUGACCUACAUUUGGAUGUUUAACUUUGAGUUGGAAAGGAUUCCCGGGGACAAGAACAGGGUAGAUGGGCUGAGCCGUAUCAACUGGGAUGGGGCGGGUCAAGAGUCAAUUGAGGACACCCCACCAGUUGACGGGUUCUUGGAUCAGGAGGAGGAUGUCCGCCUCCACAUAAAUGAGACGCAUAGUCUAGCGGAGGAGGUAAGGACGAUAGAGGAAGGCCCGACCCAGGUAGAGGAGCAUGAGCAACUAAUGGGAGGGAUGUACUUGCUCACCAACACGCUCCUGCAAGGGAACUUUGACCAGAGGAGCGCAGUCAGCUCCGAAGAGGGCGAACUUCUCAUUCCUGAAAGUCAGAACGACGAGUUCGAAGAGGGAGAGAUUAGGGAGGCCUUCCGUGCUGAGGAAUAUGACGGAAUUUGUCGAGAAUUGGGGUUACUCCUGUCAUGCGAAAUUAGGGAUAGGGACGCCAGUGCUAAGGCCCAGAAGAUGACGCAUCUCUACGUGGUGAGAGAUGACCAUUUGUUUAUAAAGCGACACGUUGGGAACCCCAAGAGGAUCGUAUGUGGGAGGAACCGGCAGAUCGAUGUCAUAGCAGCCCUACACGAUGGUAUAGCAGGGGGGCAUAGAGGGGUUAGUGCCACGUGUGCGAAGAUAAGCGAGUUAUACCAUUGGGAUGGAAUGCUGACUAUGGUCAUCAAGUACUGCCAGUCCUGUGUGCCUUGUCAGCAGAGGUCAGCGCAAAGGCCUGGGGAGCCUUUACACCCCAGGCUAGAAAGGGAAGUGGGUGCUGUCGUACACCUGGACCUCUUGUUCAUGCCACUCGGGGAGGAUGAAAGUAAUUAUAUCUUCGAUGCACGGGACAACCUUACUGGGUUUGUGGACGGUCGGGCUAUUCGCGCAAAGACUGGCCCAGUCUUAGCAAGGUGCAUCGAAGAGUACUACCUGCGCUAUCCGUUUGUCAGAGAAUUUGUGAUGGACCGGGGGUCGGAGUUCACUUGUAACGAGUCUGACUUUUCGAAGGCAGUCAUGCAGAGGGGCGGGAGGGACACACGGCCACGCCAGGGGCCCCAGAGGAUGGAGGGAAGGGGUGAGCAGCACGAGCCCCAUAGGAGGGAGCCUACGCCUGAGUUUGAUGAUGACAACAUUGAGCUCUUCUUGGACGUCUAUCGGGAUCAUGCGGCACAAAGAGGCGAGGAGUUGAGGCCGCCCUCGCCAUUGCCAUCAAUGCAGGAGCUGGACAUACCAAGAGAGACGCCAUUCCGAAGCUUAGCGACUCAUCUCGAUGUAUCCCAAUGGGAGGCCUCACGGCUGGGAGAGGGCUCAGUUGAGCCGGCAUGCUACAUGCCAUUGGAGGAGCCCCUCGACCCCGAGAUGGAGACAGACAUGCGAGACCGAGAGGGGCCGCAGGAUCCUAAGAUAGCAGCCGAGCGGCCGGAUCCGGUGCGACCUCAGGGUAGAGAGGUGAUCACGGUUGGGGACGAUACCCCUCCAUGCUCCCCAACUCCAGAGCCAGCACAACGUUCAUGGCCAGAGGGGAUUCCUGAGCCAGGCAGUGAGGAGAUCCCGGAGUUUCCCCCUGAGGCCACCACUAUACCUGAGCAGGAGGCAUAGGCGGAGGACCAGGGCGUGUGUGAGAGAGCGAGGAUGGAGGCGCCCCUUGACUUGCCCUCGGCCACGCAGGCGACCAAGAGCCCGGACAUCG